GGGGGUCGGGGGGGGGAGACCGAACCCCGGCGGUGACGCUGUCCGGGCUCCAUGAAGCUGCGCGGCAGGCCGGGCCUGGCGGUUGCUAUGGGCAGCGCGGUAGUAGCGCUGCUGGUUUUCUAUUGCGCGCUCUCGGGAUCCCAGGUAUUAAGAGCAAUUGCUUCUUACUCCCCUUGGAGGAUAGAACAACAGCUUUACAAGCUGGAUGUAGGCUGGCCUAAACGUCCAGAAUAUUUCACUGGGCAAACAUUUUGUGUUGCUGUUGACCCUCUCCAUGAUCUGGUCUAUGUUGCACAAAGAGGGGCUAAUGUACCAAAGGUACUAGUGUUUUCAGAUGAAGGACAUUUCCUGCAUGCAUGGAAUUCCACAGUUGAAAUGCCUCAUGGUAUCUUUGCAGUCAGCACCCCUACAGAUACCUCAAUAUGGAUCACAGAUGUUGGAAGCGGGGAGUAUGGGCACACAGUUAAACAGUACAGUCCUUCUGGUAAACUUAUUCAGAUCCUGGGUACUCAAGGUAAAGCUGGCUCAGGUUUAAAUCCGCUGCAGUUUGAUCAGCCCGCAGAAAUAUUUGUGGAACAAACAGGGGAGAUCUACGUUGUGGAUGGAGAUGGAGGGAUGAACAACAGAUUAUUCAAACUGUCCACAGAUUUCCAGGAGAUAUGGCUGCGUGGGGAAAAUGGUACAGGUGUUGGUCAAUUCAAGAUUCCUCACAGUGUCACAGUGGAUUCUGUUGGACGGGUGUGGGUUGCUGACCGAGGAAACAAACGAAUCCAGGUUUUUGAUAAAGUCACAGGGGAAUGGCUGGGGUCCUGGAGUAGUUGUUUCGUAGAAGAUGGUCCCUCUUCUGUCAGAUUAACUACCAAUGAGAAAUAUCUAAUUGUAGCUCAGCUGAAUAUUAACAGAGUGUCUGUCUUGGCAGCACCACCAGUAGGAUCCAUUGGAGAUUGCCAUGUGGUAAACACAAUCCAGCUAGCUGAUGAGGUUAAACCACACCUUGUGGAUGUAAAUGUGAAGACUGGAGCAAUUUAUGUUGCAGAAAUUGGUGCACAACAAGUACAAAAAUAUGUACCCUUAAACUAAUGGUUUUCUUUGGUUCAUUCAGCACAAGCCAUUUAUUCUGGAUUACAAAACCUGUGCUGGAUUUCCUUACAUUCAUUGCAGACUGUGCUUCCACUCAUAAGCACAGCAUGUUGCACCACUAGAAUGCAUAAAAUAACUGUUUUGUGACCUGCUCUCACUCUUAUUUUCUUUGUCAAACUCAGGGAGCUAUUUUCUCUUGAUCUGUCAUUAUUUGUCUUUACUGGCAUGUUUUGUGUGUUUUGUUUCAUUUUAGUUAGUUGUUGGGAUUUGGAGAAUGCAUUUGAUAUGCAUAUUAGUUCCGUUUUACCCUGCUUUUAACUUCAAGGUAGUUUUUCCCCUUGUCUCUUGAUAUAUCAUAAGACAUUAAGUUUGUAAUUAUUCUGCUAGUCUAGACAUAAUUUCCAUUGUUAAUCAAUAUACACUCUACCUCCAGUGUCCGGGGUGAAUCUUGUGACUUCUUUGCCUAGUCAGUGCACUCUGCUGCCUCCUAACAUCCUAGCUGGCAGAGAGAAAUGUCUGCAUAUUUAAUUUUCCAGAAGCCUUGUCCACUUGAGGCUCUGGACUCUAGCUUAACAUUGCUUCAGGUUUCCUUGACUCUUUAUGCUAACAUUGUCCAACUCAGAACAUAAAGAUGUAGCAUGUCAUAGUCUCCUGAGCUUCAGUGAGACCUUUGACACUUAUGGCCAGUGCUGAGGUUUUAGCAUCUCUGGCAUCUAUCUUAGGUAAUCAUUGAUACCGCUGUUGACAUCAAAGGCAUCAGUUCUUUACUGAUUUAAGCUAACUCCAUAUAAAGCACUUUAAAUGAAAUUAAGAGUGUCUUCACAAUGAGGUGACACUGAUUUUUAACUAACCGAGUUUCUAAAUUGAUUUAGUUAAAUCGGUACAAGUUUUAUGUGUAAGCAAGGCCUCAAAGUAGAAUGUGUUGAAGUUUAACACAGCUGAGAUCCCUGGGGCACAUACUGGGGAUUUACUAGGAGAUUUUUAAUCAGCCUUAGGUCUGGAUACCUAUAGCAUGCUUUUGUCCUCUUAAUCUUGUUGAAACUUAGACACGUUGUCUACAGCAAUAUUUGGCCUUUGGAUUCUUGUUUUUAGAGACCAGUCUGAUCUUUUAUUCUGCCUUCAGAUUUUCAAGGACAUUCUUUCAAUAUUAAGCGGUGACUUUCCAUUUCUUUUUGGGGGACUUCUGCCAAUACAUCAGCAGCUGAUUUCUCUUUAGCACAGAACUUGCAAACUUCUUUGUGACUCUUCCAGAGUCAUUGUCUUUAUAAUUCUUCCCCUGAAUCCAGUUUGGGUUUUGAGUUGCAUAAAUUAGCUUCAUUAUCUUCUCCAAAAAACAUACACCAGCAUCUUUCUGUCCAUCCCUUCCCUAGUCCACGGUAAUUCCAAAGCCUUUUAGGUUUUGCUGGACAACCUUUCAGAGUAUCCUCUCUUCAGUGUAGAAGGGGUGAAAAAAGAGCACCAGUUCUUUGAUAUAUUUCUAGUGGUCAGGAAUGACUCUCCUGGUAAAAGAUUGGAUGCAUCUUAAGAAACUGUGGAUCCAUCCUCCUUGUUCAGUCAGGAGCUAUGAAUGCUUUUUCCUUUUCUUUUCACAUAACUAUCCUGAUUCCUUGGCUAUUUUGGGUGCUAGUAGUAGGUCAAGAGAGGCUAAGCUGUUCCACCUCCAUAGUUAAGGAGUAUGGGAAGUGGAACCCUGCUUCACCAUCAUGGAUGCCUCAGCAGUUGAAUGUGGUAUUGCUUAGUUCAAUUCCAGGUUCACUAAAAUUAAGGUUUGCUCAGUUUAGCCUUGAAGACUUUUCUUGCCACAGUGUCCAGAUCCUUAUGUAACGUUACAGCAACAGUCUACAUGAAUCAUCAAGGAAGAGUCAGAUUUGGUUGCCAUGUCUGGACAUUAUUGCUGCUUUGGAACCAGGCAAUCCUGAACAAAGAGGACUUUGUAUAGAUGGUUAUGAUACUGAAAAAGACACUGUACUGGCAGAUACCUUCAGAUUGGCAGCUCAAGAAGCCUUCCAUGUGAUGCAGAUCAUGAAGUUCUGCGUGUGCCUUAGAGACUUGUCUUUGAGACUUGUCACUCAAACAUCAAUUUUUUAAAACCAUUGUUGGCUGACUUUUGCUGCCCCCCUCAUCCUUGGAAUCAGUGGGAGCUAGGUGCCUAAAUGCCUUUGAGAAUCUGGGCCAAAGUGUGUUUGUUCAGUUUAUAGGUACUUGUGGUAUGAACAGGUGUCAGCUGGUGAUUAGUAGGAGGCUAUCAAACUCCUUUUCACUGCUAUACUUGUGACCUAGUUCAAGAGGUGACUGAUAAGUGCUUGAAUUUGUAAAAAUAAUUGAGCAAAAUUACAUUUUAGCAUAAUUUGGCAAAAAGUAAGUAAGGCUUUUACAAUGGGGGACCUUAUGUCUUAAUUUGAAAGUGCUCCUCAUUUCUGUAGCUUGGUGUGAUGACUUUGGCUGCAUGGGAUUUUUUGAUUUGGGGAAAAGUGGGGG